AUGAAAAAUGAUGAUGAUGAUGAUGAUGAUGAUGAUGAUGAUGAUGAUGAUGAUGAUGAUGAUGAUGAUGAUGAUGAUGAUGAUGAUGAUGAUGAUGAUGAUGAUGAUGAUGAUGAUGAUGAUGAUGAUGAUGAUGAUGAUGAUGAUGAUGAUGAUGAUGAUGAUGAUGAUGAUGAUGAUGAUGAUGAUGAUGAUGAUGAUGAUGAUGAUGAUGAUGAUGAUGAUGAUGAUGAUGAUGAUGAUGAUGAUGAUGAUGAUGAUGAUGAUGAUGAUGAUGAUGAUGAUGAUGAUGAUGAUGAUGAUGAUGAUGAUGAUGAUGAUGAUGAUGAUGAUGAUGAUGAUGAUGAUGAUGAUGAUGAUGAUGAUGAUGAUGAUGAUGAUGAUGAUGAUGAUGAUGAUGAUGAUGAUGAUGAUGAUGAUGAUGAUGAUGAUGAUGAUGAUGAUGAUGAUGAUGAUGAUGAUGAUGAUGAUGAUGAUGAUGAUGAUGAUGAUGAUGAUGAUGAUGAUGAUGAUGAUGAUGAUGAUGAUGAUGAUGAUGAUGAUGAUGAUGAUGAUGAUGAUGAUGAUGAUGAUGAUGAUGAUGAUGAUGAUGAUGAUGAUGAUGAUGAUGAUGAUGAUGAUGAUGAUGAUGAUGAUGAUGAUGAUGAUGAUGAUGAUGAUGAUGAUGAUGAUGAUGAUGAUGAUGAUGAUGAUGAUGAUGAUGAUGAUGAUGAUGAUGAUGAUGAUGAUGAUGAUGAUGAUGAUGAUGAUGAUGAUGAUGAUGAUGAUGAUGAUGAUGAUGAUGAUGAUGAUGAUGAUGAUGAUGAUGAUGAUGAUGAUGAUGAUGAUGAUGAUGAUGAUGAUGAUGAUGAUGAUGAUGAUGAUGAUGAUGAUGAUGAUGAUGAUGAUGAUGAUGAUGAUGAUGAUGAUGAUGAUGAUGAUGAUGAUGAUGAUGAUGAUGAUGAUGAUGAUGAUGAUGAUGAUGAUGAUGAUGAUGAUGAUGAUGAUGAUGAUGAUGAUGAUGAUGAUGAUGAUGAUGAUGAUGAUGAUGAUGAUGAUGAUGAUGAUGAUGAUGAUGAUGAUGAUGAUGAUGAUGAUGAUGAUGAUGAUGAUGAUGAUGAUGAUGAUGAUGAUUAUGAUGAUGAUGAUGAUGAUGAUGAGGAGAGGAGGAGGAGGAGGAGGAGGAUUUAUUAA